GGACGAUUGCAUCUCCUUUUUUGAGCAUUUUUAAUAACAGAUGAAUCCAGACCCAUAUAAUAAAAAGGCUUGUUGCUCAGGGCGGCUCUGGCCACCUCUUUUAUUAGCUCUGUUUUUAGCUCACACAUAGCAUUCCUUUGCAAUUUCCUUUUUUUCAUAUUUGCAACUUCUGUCACGUAUAAAAGGGAACAAUGGCAAAAGGAAAACGCAAGCUGAGCUCUACAAGCAGUGACUUAGAUUCCACCUGCUAAUGCAAAAGGAAAAUUGCAGGCUGGCGGGAAGCUCAGCCCUACAGAGGAUUCUGGGAUGUGUAGUCUAGACUUUUGGGGGCACUUCCGCUCUGGGAAAGCGUGGCUUUGUUAUUUGCUCUACUGGGGAAAUAGGAACCCAUAACCCAGUGCUCAGUGGGUUCGGUGGUACUUCGGCUACUUGAGGACGAGAACACGAAGCCUGCUCCCCUCGGGGAUUCUGGGAAAUACGAUUCGGCCGUGGGAGUUGAAGCCGGCACUUCCGCCUAGAGGGGCGGGGCAGCGGCUGCCGUUCCUCCCGGGGAUGCUGGGAAGUGUAGUUCCAGAGCUCCCUGCCGUCCCAGGCACUUCCGCUGCAAGAGGUUGAGAGCGCGGCCUUCAUUCCGCUCGUGGAGCAAGCGCCUGGCUUUCCUUUCUGAUUCCUGCAGGAGAGGAGGCUGUUCCUGGACUAUUUCUGACCUGUUUUUUAAGAAAGAGUGCAUCACUCAACAGGUGGCAUCUGGAGUUAUCCUCUGUGGAUUUUCCAGGAUCUCAGACAAGAUCGUGCAAUCUCCCAGCCUCCUUUCCUUCCCCUGCUCUGGCUUCUGAAAGAAUGCUGCGGAGAGGAGGAAAGAGAGCAUCCUGGCUCCUAGCAGCAGAGCCCCACUGUGACAGGACCUAGCAUUCACCUUUCUCUUCUGUUCCGAGUGGAAGAAGAAGCAACAGAGAGACAAGAUUUGGAAUAGUGGCUCUUGUAUGAAAGCCAGAUUCAGGUACUGUUCCUGCCUCUUGACCUCACCGAGCCUCAGCUUCCUCGCCUGUUAAAUGGAUACAAUUGCCAUCAUCAUAUUUGUUGAGAACUCCCUAAAAUGCCAGCUGAGCAUAGGCACAGAGGUUUGGGUGGUUGGACCAAGGUCACACAACUGAUGCAACAGUAGGUUCUUCACAGACUUGGCACUUCUCCAGAAGGAGGAGGACAAAAUGACGAAGUCUAAGGAUAAGAUAGGGAAAAAUUGAAAAGAAGAUCUGUCGUACAUCAUAAUUUGGAAGUUGCAUAUUCUCUGACAUUGUGAUUUUUCACUUCUUGGAACUUACCUAAGAAAAUAGGAGCCAGUGACAUUCAAGGACGUGGCUGUGGUCUUCUCUGAGGAGGAGCUGCGACUGCUGAACCUUGCCCAGAGGAAGUUGUACCGAGAUGUGAUGCUGGAGAACUUCAGGAAUGUGGUCUCAGUGGGGCAUCAGUCCACACCAGAUGGUCUGCCCCAGUUAGAGAGAGAAGAAAAGCUGUGGAUGAUGAAGAUGGCAAUCCAGAGAGAUAACUCCUCAGGAGGCAAGAAUCUAAAAGAGAUGGAGACUCUUCAAGAAGUAGGAUUAAGGUACCCGUCUCAUGAAGAAUUUUUCUGCUCCCAGAUCUGGCAACAGAUUACAAGAGAGUUAACCAAGUAUCAAGAUUCUGUGGUAAACAUUCAAAGAACAGGCUGUCAGUUGGAAAAACGAGAUGAUUUGCACUAUAAAGACGAGGGAUUCAGUAAUCAAAGUUCCCAUCUUCAAGUUCACCACAGAGUCCACACUGAUGAAAAACCCUACAAAGGAGAACAUUGUGUGAAAAGUUUCAGCUGGAGCCCUCAUCUUCAAAUUAACCGAAGGGCUAAUGCAGGAGAGAAGCCCUACAAAUGUGAAAAAUGUGAUAAUGCCUUCCGUCGGUUUUCAAGUCUUCAAGCCCAUCAGAGAGUCCACAGUAGAGCAAAAUCAUACACAGAUGAUGCAGCUUAUAGGAGUUUUAGUCAGAGGUCACAUCUUCACCAUCAUCAGAGAGUUCCCACUGGAGAGAAUCCAUACAAAUAUGAAGAGUGUGGGAGGAACAUUGGGAAAAGCUCACAUUGUCAAGCUCGUCUGAUAGUUCACACGGGAGAGAAACCCUAUAAAUGUGAGGAGUGCGGGGUAGGCUUCAGUCAGAGAUCGUAUCUUCAGGUUCAUCUGAAAGUUCACACUGGAAAGAAACCAUAUAAGUGUGAAGAGUGUGGGAAGAGCUUCAGUUGGCGUUCACGACUACAGGCUCAUCAGCGAAUCCACACUGGUGAGAAACCAUACAAAUGCAAUGCUUGUGGCAAGAGCUUUAGUUACAGCUCACACCUUAACAUUCAUUGUAGAAUCCACACAGGAGAGAAACCCUAUAAAUGUGAGGAGUGUGGGAAAGGUUUCAGUGUGGGUUCACACCUUCAGGCCCAUCAGAUAAGCCACACUGGAGAGAAACCAUACAAAUGUGAGGAGUGUGGGAAAGGCUUCUGCCGGGCCUCAAAUCUUUUGGACCAUCAAAGAGGCCAUACUGGAGAGAAACCAUAUCAGUGUGAUGCAUGUGGUAAGGGCUUCAGUCGUAGCUCAGAUUUUAACAUUCAUUUUAGAGUCCAUACAGGGGAAAAACCCUAUAAAUGUGAGGAGUGUGGCAAAGGCUUCAGCCAGGCCUCAAAUCUUCUGGCCCAUCAAAGAGGCCACACUGGAGAGAAACCCUACAAAUGUGGUACAUGUGGGAAGGGCUUCAGUCGGAGCUCAGAUCUUAAUGUACACUGUAGAAUCCACACAGGAGAGAAACCCUAUAAAUGCGAGAAGUGUGGUAAGGCCUUCAGUCAGUUCUCCAGCCUUCAGGUGCAUCAGAGAGUCCACACUGGAGAGAAACCAUAUCAGUGUGCAGAGUGUGGGAAAGGCUUCAGUGUAGGUUCACAGCUUCAAGCCCAUCAGAGGUGCCACACUGGAGAGAAACCUUAUCAAUGUGAGGAGUGUGGGAAGGGCUUCUGUCGGGCCUCAAAUUUUCUGGCACAUCGUGGAGUCCACACAGGAGAAAAACCAUACCGAUGUGAUGUGUGUGGUAAGCGCUUCAGGCAAAGAUCCUACCUUCAGGCCCACCAGAGGGUCCACACAGGAGAGAGACCAUACAAAUGUGAGGAAUGUGGGAAAGUCUUCAGCUGGAGCUCAUACCUUCAAGCCCAUCAAAGAGUUCACACUGGAGAAAAACCAUACAAAUGUGAGGAGUGUGGGAAGGGCUUCAGUUGGAGCUCAAGUCUUAUCAUUCAUCAGCGAGUCCAUGUUGAUGAUGAGGGUGACAAGGACUUUCCUUCAUCAGAGGAUUCACACAGGAAAACUCGAUAAAAUAUGUUUUACUAUCUCAGAUGGGUGCUGAAAUAUUUUAAUUAUCAGAGCUAUCAUAGAUAAAACAUUUGUUUUAUAAAGUCAGUAGUUCGGCCGAGUGAUUGGAAGACCACACAGCAGAGAAACCUCACAAGAGUGGAGACAUAUGGACUGCAUUCAGAACACUGACCAUUAGCUGAUACAUGCAGACAAGAGGAUCAGGAAGGAUGAGUCUGAUCUGGAGUAAACCAGAAGUACUAAGAUGGGAAUGCUGAACGCUAUUCCACUAGAAUAUAAGGUCCAAGAGGGUAGGGACUUUGUUGACUGCCAAAUCUACUCUGCCUUUUCAGUGCCUAACACAUUGUAAUUUUUCAGUAAUAUUUGAAAUUACUGUCAUACUUGAAAUUCAGUAAUAUUUGACAUUUAUCUCUCAAAGUUUCUCUAAAAUUGUACUCAGAAGAAGAAUUCUGCAAUGCUUGGAAGAUAUAUAAGUUAGUCAUAUGGCCUGAUUUUCCCAUUUUUGCAGGUCUCGUGGAUGAGUGUUUAUCAAACUGAAGGUUGCAGCUUGUUAGUGGGUCCAGAGAUCAGUUUCUGGCUAGCAACUAGAAAUUUUGUAUGUUAACAGUACUUUAUUGAGGUGUAAUCUGCAUGCAGUAACAUGCACAAGUCUCAAGUUUAUGGCUUCCUGAAUUUUGACAAAUGUAAUAAUCACCAAGAUCCAUGUAUACAAUGUCUAUUAAACCAAAAAGUUUUCUUGUGCCCAUUUCCAGUCAAUCCCACCUCCAGUGCCAAGUAUUAUGAUUUCUAUACCAUAAAUUACUUAGGUCUGUUCCUGAGCUUCCUAUGGAUUUAGUAUGUACUCUUAUAUCUAGAUUCUUAUGAUCAAAUGUAUGAUGAUCUCAGUAGAUUCAGAGAAAACAUUCCACUCAUGAUGAAAAAAUUUUUCAUAAAAGGCAUCCAUGAAAAUCAUACAAGCUAACCUUAUUUUUUUACAGAUGAGGGAAUAAUUUAUAUACAGUGAAACUGACUUUUUUUUACAUUAUUAGGGAAUAAUUUAUAUACAGUGAAACUGACUAGUGUAUCAUCAUGCAUUUUGGCAAGUACUGUCAUAUGAACACCACCAUCACAAUCAAGACAUUCAACAGUUCUAGCACCCCCUGCCCUGAAACUUGCUUGUUCUGUUUAGUCAGUCCCUCUCCCCAUCACCAGCCCUUGUCAACCACUGACUUAUUUUCCAUCUGUAUAGUUUAUAUCAUUACCAGAAUGUCAUAUAAAUGGAAUCCUAGA